CUAGGCCUCUGUUAGUGUAUUUUAGCAUUUAAGUGUAUGUUACUUAUCAACACAAUAGCUCAAAUAAGUAUUCAACCGCUCCAUCUACAUAAUAGAUGAGACGUUUGAGGCCGCUUGGAUGUCCGCCAUCUGUUUAGGGCUCAGCAGUCGGAAGUACUCGCUCGUUCUGAGCUUUGAGCGACACACAUUAAGGCAAACGAAGAAGAAAUCUAACCGCAGAUGAGGAAACCGAGCGGACCCGCUACUAACCGUCUGACGCAGUUAGUCAGCCGCUUAAUUAACCUCACUAAGCGUAGAGUAAUGGUUAACUCUAGCGGACUUUGGAUGUAACCGCCUCGUAAGCUCACGCAGUUGCACAAAAUCGGCGUGUUGAAUGCUGAGACCAGGUAUUAGCGAGGUGUCACCGCUCCGCGCUGCUAGCUCAAACCGGGGCAUUUUAAGGAGGAAUGAAUCGGCCGCCGAGCUUCACUUCUGCUUAGCUUGCUAGAUGAUGAGCGGCUGUUUUGUGACAGAAAACUGAAUUGUGCUGUGAGUAAAUCAACUUGUUGUCGUAGAAAUGGCCAAAGCAGCUGUAAAGACGUUUGUACAGAUGUGUAAUUAUCUUCAAGAACCCCGCCAUGUAGCGAGGUUCCAGAAUUUCUGCGGCGUCGAAGGGACAUUUCCGGAUAAACGAAUCCAGCCGGACAGUGGACGGCCGGAGCCGGACUGUCCCGGGCUGAGGAGGAGGGCCCAGCCGGGGGCUCAGAGCUCAGACGAGAGCAUGGGGAACGGGGAUGCCGCCGCAUCGCCGGUUAACGGGAUGCAGGGCGAGAGCACCGCCGGGCCCGACUGUCCAUCAGCGGCCGAGCUGGAGCCGGACAGGACCAGAGCAAAGCCCCUCCGGAGAAACUCCCUGACCGGGGACAUGGGUCAGGAGUUCCUGAUCCACAACAAGUUCCUCUUCUACCUGUUCACGUUUGGGACUGAGCUGGGCAACGAGAUGUUCUUCAUCAUCUUCUUCCCUUUCCUCUUCUGGAACAUCGACGCCCUGGUCAGCCGGAGGCUCAUCGUGGUCUGGGCUUGGAACCUGUUCGUGGGACAGUCCACCAAGGACUUGGUCCGCUGGUCGCGACCGGCCUCACCUCCCGUGGUGAAGGUGGAGGUCUUCUACAACUCCGAGUACAGCAUGCCGUCCACACACGCCAUGACGGGCACGGCCAUACCUUUCUGUGUCUUCAUGCUGACCUACGGUCGGUGGCAGUACCCUUUCCUUUUCGGAUUCUGUGUGGCCCUCAGCUGGAGCGUCCUGGUCUGCGUUAGCAGAGUCUACAUGGGCAUGCAUUCUGUUCUGGAGGUAAUCACAGGCUUCCUGUACAGCCUCCUGGUUCUUGCCUUCUUCCAGCCAAUCUUGGAAAAGAUCGACCACUACUACAUGACGGACCACUACGCUCCGCUCAUGAUCAUCGUGUCUCACGUGAGCCUGGGACUGGUGGCGUUCUCCCUGGAUUCGUGGAGCACCUCCCGGGGCGACACCGCCCAGGCCCUGGGCACCGGGGCGGGCGCCGCACUGGGCACCCACGUGAACUACCAGCUGGGGCUGCUCCUGGACCCGCCCCUGUCCUCUCUCCCUCUGGCUCUGCCGGCGGUCAGCAUGGGCCCCGUGCUGCGCUCCCUGGUGCGCUUCCUCAUCGGCGUGGCCGUGCUGCUGCUCACUCGGAUGGCCAUGAAGGCGGUGACUGUUCCGUUCCUGUGCCGGCUGUUCGGGCUGCCCUCCGAUGACGUGAGGCGGGCCAGGCAGCACAUGAGGGUGGAGCUGCCCUAUCGCUACAUCGUCUACAGCGUCGUGGGUUUUAGCUGUGUCUCCUUCGUGCCUGUCCUCUUCAAGGCCGUCAACCUUGCCUGAGCGUCGCGUCCAGACUGCCGUGUCCCGCUGACGUCACGAAGACCAACUGCACUUGGAAACAUGCUGCUUAUUUUGACCCGAGAAGCUCCAGUUCUGCAUGAUAGAAGCCAAGUGAACCAUAUAUCUGAUAUCGACGUUUUCACUGUCGAGGACUCCAACUAAAAGACUGAAACCAAAUAAAUGAAUUGGUCCUGUAUUAAGUACCGUGUCCACCAAAACUCAUGAGCAAACUAUUACAACAUCAGUGAGCAACGCCGCUGUGCUGGGUUGGGCGUUUCCUUACCAUGAUAAGAGCCAUUGCAACUGAUUUGGGCUAAAUGUGACCUGCUGUCAGAAAUGUACCAUAAGUUUGAAUAUUUGGCUGAAAUGCUUUUCCAUUAAUGCAGUAUAGUUUUUUUGGAUUAAAUAAAACUGAUUUCAGUUUUAGGAAAUUACUUUGUUAUAAAAUGAAAGAAUGUAAGAUAUUUGUGGCCAGUUUUAAAAAAUCUGCCAAAGGAACCCAGCAGGUUUGAAGUAAAGAGUUAAAAGUAUUGAGAUGGAUGCAUUCACUGUCGGUCUCUUUGUUGGAUUUGUUACUCCGUCAGUUACAUGUAAUAUCACCUGUGUUGUCUACGCAUUCAAGUAUUAACGGAACCUUCACAGCACACAAAGUCUAUCAGAUGUACUGUAAUGAUGAGGUCAUCAUUGAGGAAUCUGUUAUGCACUUCCCACAUUUGUAUAUGUUGUUGGAGAAGUUAUUCCUCCAAAGAAUAGUUAAGAGUAGAUUAAGUAAAACAAGGAGACACUCAAUACGUCUCUUGUGUUCCUGAUUGGUUCGUAAUAGCCUGGAAGCAAUAAAGAAUGCUCUGAACAUUAAAGCUCUCAGGUGUCAGGAUGGUUCAUGUAGACUUUUUAACUUUGAGCAGGUCUUUUAUGCCAAUUCUGUGUUUUUUACAUUACCAUAGUCAGCAUUAUCUCACCGCCUCUUUUUUUAACCCAAAUAUAAGUUUAGUGCACUCUGAAUUAUUAGUUUGAACAAACAAUAAAGAGGAGCAAAUAUUUUUGAUAGAUUAUUUUAUCAUUGCUAUUAUCUUGGUUUGAAAUAUUGCACCAGUGUUGUAAAUGAUCUAUUCUUUAAUAUAAUGAACAUAUUAAGCGGACCCUGGUGUACAACAGGAUGUGGAGGCUUUUGACCCUGUAACUUCUGUGAUUGAUGUCACUGUUUGUAAUUUGUUGUAAUGUUUUAUUGAUGAUUAAUUCUUGCAUUAUUGUUGAAAUAUUCAUCCCCGACUUUUGUCAUCAAUUCUCCCAGCUUUUUAUCUGUUAUGCAAAGAGUGUGAUUAUACAAAUAUUUUAAAACAAGAAGGAAUAAAAUUGUAGAAAACAAUUAAGGCUGCUCUCAUUUUUCUGGUAAGAUAUCAUUUUAAGGUAGUUUGUGUUCCGACCUGAUUUUAAAGCAGUGACUCUUCUUCUCUACAAAAAUAAAGCGU